UAGUGGCAUCCUGAGACUCUUACUCACAGCAAUGGCGAGGUGGUGGAUAGUUUUGGCCUCGUGGGCGGCGUGGGCGGUCUUGACGAGUGUUGAAGGUGGUGCUUUGAGCGAGUGGGAGGCGCCCUCGCUCGCUGAGAGGCUGGAACACGCGCGAGCCAUCCUCAGCGAGGUGCCGCUCGUUGAUGGGCACAAUGACCUCGUCAUGAACAUCAGAACAGUUCUUCAAAACCAGCUGGAGAACUUUCCCUUCGACCAGAAUCUGACGGAGAUCGAACCUUGGGCGUCAAGAUCGAACUGCCACACGGACAUUCCUCGGCUCAGGGCGGGUCAGGUGGGCGCGCAGUUCUGGAGCGCCUAUGUCCCCUGCAGAUCCCAGUACAAGAACGCCCUGACACAGACCUUAGAGCAGAUUGACGUCGUCCAUCGCCUCGUUGACAAGUAUCCCGAGGACUUACAGCUGGUGACGUCCUCCGAGGGGAUCCUUGACGCCCACGCCAACGGCAAAAUCGGGUGUAUGGUGGGCGUGGAAGGUGGGCAUAGCAUGGACUCUUCACUGGGAACUCUUAGGACGUUUUACAGAGAGGGAGUCCGGUACAUGACCCUGACGCAUAUGUGCAACACUCCUUGGGCAGAUAACUCUGCGGCUGAGCCCGAACAUCUGGAGUUCGAUGGUUUAACUGCUUGGGGCGAGAUGGUUAUCAAGGAAAUGAAUCGUCUGGGCAUGCUAGUUGACAUCUCCCACGUGGCAUCUCAGACAAUGAACGACGUUCUUGACAUCACAAGGGCACCGGUCAUCUUUUCACACAGUGACACCCGGGGUCUCUGUAACAUCACCAGGAAUAUUCCCGAUGACGUCCUGAUCAGGCUGCACGAAAACGGAGGAGUUGCCAUGGUGAAUUUUUUGCCGGACUUCCUGACGUGUUCCUCCACGGCGACCCUUCAGGAUGUUGUCGCUCACAUCAACCACAUCCGGGACGUUGCUGGACCAGAUCACGUGGGUCUUGGCAGCGACUUCGACGGAAUAACAACAGUCCCGGAAGGUCUUGAAGACGUGAGCAAGUACCCAUACAUCUUCGCCGAGCUUCUUCUUGACCCGAAGUGGACGGACGAAGACCUCAAGAAACUGGCUGGCAUGAACCUUAUUCGCGUCUUCCAAGAGGUCGAGAGGGUGCGUGACCAGCUGGCAACUGAAACUCCUUGGGAUUCGUUUAUUCCUCCUGAAGAUAUUGCUGACCACUUGGAUUGCGUUAAUCCUUGGUCUUUGAAAUGGAAUGAACCUCGAACUUGAUCAUUAGAUAAAAAAAAUACUUGUUUAUGUCUUUAUUAAUAAAUACAACAACAUAUGUUUGGUAAAUACAAAA